AUGAAGGCCUUCACUCUCCUCAGCAUCGCCCCCUUAGCUUUGGCUCAGACGCUGUGCGAACAGUACAGCCACUCUACCGUGGACGGCUACUAUGCCAACAACAACAAAUGGGGCGCCGCACUCGGUACCGGCCAGCAGUGCACCUACGUGGACGAGGUAUCCAGCUCCGGCAUCGCGUGGCGCGCGGACUGGACAUGGUCCGGCAACGACGAUGCCGUCAAGAGCUACCCCUACGCGGGCCGCACACUGGCCGACAAGAAGCUCGUGAAUGAGAUUGGCAGCAUCCCCACGCAGGCCGACUGGGGCUACAGCGGCGACUCGAUCCGGGCCAACGUGGCCUACGACAUGUUCACGGCAUCGGACCCCGCGCACGAGACGAGCGGCGGCGACUACGAGAUCAUGGUCUGGCUGGCCAACUAUGGUGACCUCUGGCCGGUGGGCAGCAGCGUCGGGACCGUCGAGGUCGAGGGCCAGACGUGGACGCUCUGGGACGGCUUCAACGGCGCGAUGCACGUGUACACCUUUGUGUCCGACGCGGCGCGCCACUCGGUCGACCUGGACGCCAAGGGCUUCUUUGACUAUCUGCGCGACAACAAGGGCUUUCCUACGGAGAGCCAGCAUCUGACUGAAUCCUCACAAGCCCUCAGCAGCUCAAGACGCGACGACGCCACUACAGCUGGCGGGGAGAACGAGAGGACCCCAACGCGCGCUCCCAAGCUUAUCACGCCAGCACACAUACAAUCCCCUCUCAAGGCCAGUGGUGCUCCCAAGGAGGCCAGCAACCCGCGCAUCUUCACAUUUAACGCCGCGCCUGCCAAGACCAACGCAGAAGCACCAUCGUUGAUCUUUGACAUGGGCAAGCUCAACCUUGGCGGCGAGAAGAAAAAGCCCGUAGCGGUGAAAAAAGAAGAGGAGUUUGCCAAACACAUGCGGUUCCUCGACGCAGAGACGGAGAACACCACACCGAGUGACGUCCUCACGGCCCCCAUCUUCACCCAGGCCGUCCAGCGCCACGUCCUCGCUGAGCACGACAGGACGGGCAGGUCCGACAAAAGCAAGCCCUUUGCGCAGUAUGGACUUCUGGCAGGUGAUGCAAGCGGGGAAGCGUCUGAUCCGCGUCUCUUCUUCAACGUGGCGGCGCCCUCGAGCACAUUUAUCUGCGGCUCCCAGGGCUCGGGCAAGUCGCAUUCGCUCAGCUGCCUGCUUGAGAACUGCCUGCUGCAGAAUGAGGUGAACAUGCUACCAAAACCGCUGACCGGUAUCGUGUUCCACUACGACACGUUUGUGUCUGACUCGGGCGGCUCGCCCUGCGAGGCAGCUUUCCUUAGCUCUAAUCCUGGUGUCGAUGUUAGGGUGCUGUGUGCCCCGACCAAUGUGGCGCACAUCAAGAGAAUUUACGCCAAGCUGCCCAACGUCACCAUUGAAGUCCUCCGCAUUAACCAGGAGCACCUCAACACGAAGCGCAUGCUGGACCUCAUGGCCGUCUCAUCCGUCCAGGGCACGCUACCGCUCUACCUACACGUGGUGAUCCGCAUCCUGCGCGACCUCCGUGUGGCGCAGCAGCAAAAGGGUAGCGGUUUCAACUAUGCCAAGUUCAAGAGGGACCUCGACGAGCAGUCCCUCACGGACGCGCAGCUGGCGCCGCUCAAGCAGCGCCUCAACACGCUCGAAAGUUUCAUGGUGUCCGACCAGGCCAGGGCGUACGAGAUGGCUCUGGGCCGACACGUGUCCCGCAACCGCAACAAUAUGGUCGUCGACCCGCAGCACGGCAACUCGUGGUCGCCCAAGGCCGGGCAACUGACCAUUGUCGACUUGAGCUGCCCCUGCGUCACGGCCGAGAUGGCCUGCUCGCUCUUUGGCAUCUGUCUCAGCCUCUUCCUCGAGCAAGACACGCAGGUUGGCCGCGUCGUCGCGCUGGAUGAGGCGCAUAAAUACAUGACCAACUCGGCCGAGUGCCAGGCUCUGACGGAGAAUCUCCUGAGCACGAUCCGUCUGCAGCGCCACAUUGCCACGCGUGUCAUCAUCUCCACGCAGGAGCCGACCAUCUCACCACGUCUGCUGGACCUGUGCAGCGUCACGAUUGUGCAUCGCUUCACGAGCCCAGACUGGAUGCGGGCCCUGCAGAAGCAUCUCGCCGGUGCCUCGAGCUGGCUGGACCCGAACGUGAAUGGCGACCAGGAGGGGAUGAAGAAGGGUAGCAAGACGGAGACGGGGAUCCGUCCGCUGGGGCUGAAGAAGGACGACGUCGCGGGAGAUCUCUUCUCGCGGGUUGUCCGCUUACGCACGGGCGAGGCACUGCUCUUCGCGCCGAGCGCUGUCAUUGACAUACAGACGGCGGGCGACGGGACGGUCGCGGCACACUCGGGGGAGGAUUCGACGUACGACUCGGGCUUCAACGGCAAGGAGGGCGGGGGCACGUCGACGACGCCCGUCUUCGCCUUUGGACGGUCUUACGGCGCGCCAAAGGGGGAGACGCCCACGGAGAAGAGGGUGCUGCACCUGGGCAAUGGGGUGCUCAAGAUCCGUAUCCGGAAGAGGGUUACGACGGACGGCGGACGCAGCAUCAUGGCUGGGUAA